CUGUACAUUUUUGGAUUUAUCCAGUAUGAGAUACUAGUAUAAUGUCGUGUAAAUAAUUACAAACGCUACUUCGCCCCUAAAUUCGCGUGAGAAAGAAUCUUUUAAGCCCUCCGAGGGUCCAAAACCAAGACAACAUUUAAAAACAACUUGUGUAAACUCUUAGCCUAGAUAUGGCUAAGCGACCACAUACAUACAAAUGCGUAUACAGAUAGAAGACCUGAAAAAAAGAAUCAAAGCUGUUGGUCAGGAAGUGCCUCUAAAUGCUAAUAGGGCUUCACAUUUGUCGACUCGCAGAGGGGAAUGAUGGAAUCAAUAAUUGAUCCGCAAUCGUUUAGCAAUCAGCAGCUCAUGGAGGAUUCCAGUGACUUUUUAACGUCCAGGCAAGACCACCCAUCACAACAGGAUUGUAACGGCGGCAACGGUGAAGACAGAAGAGAUUGUGAUACUGGUUCUGACAGCGGUGAAGAAGUGUCAGCAAGGGAAAUUAGGCUUGUGAAGCAUGGCAACAUAAUCGCUACUGAUGGUUUGCGAAGUGGCAUGCAAACACUUAUUGCGACAACUGCUAACGACUGUCAAAUACAUGAUAAUGAAGAGGCUAGAUCAGUUGUUAUGGUAAUUGAUUAUGGAAGACCGUACGAUCAAUAUCCGGAUGACUUUGUUAAUGAUCCCCAGGGAUCUGAUGAUGAUGAGGACGACACUUAUCAGACAUUGACCUCAGUAAAUGAUCGUAUAUCGCCCGCAGACUUUAGUCCAACAUCGUAUGCAACACUAACUCCUAUCCAGCCCCUUCCGCCUAUAUCAACUAUGUCGGAUAAGUUCGCUUAUACGGGUCACAUUUCUGGCACUGCUAACACAUCUGAAGGUACCAGUAGAGGGAGCGUUUCGACCACGAGCCGAAUAAACGAUUGUGGGAAUAGAGUUGUCUCUGAUGGUCGAAGCAAUGGCUGCGGAUCAUUUAGCGGCUUGCCUUUGUCCAUAGGUGGAGAGAGUCACAAUCAAGAACCUCUAGGAAAUCUGAGCCUUAGUGGACUAGGCGGAGUGCAAUCGCCAUAUUCAUCCUUCGACAAGUUGCCUUCCCUGAUUUCUUCACCGCCCAAUAACUUUAGCUCAUCACCAUCGCAUGGCAUUUCAGUUGGCAUAGUCGGCUCAUGUGAUCUACACACUCAUAGUUCUUCGGUAUCUUCUCCAGUUCCCGUAGCAGUGACAACCGGUUGCGGCCCAAUAUCCCCUCAGUCUCAAUCUGAAAUGCACUCGCCUCAACUUCAGGCUAAUGUAAAUGUGAAUAUAAAUCUUAAUGAACAUAAAGCAAAUCAAGGGCAUGGACAUGGACAAGGUCAUCAUGAACAGCUUGUGCCCGUUUCAGUACAUAAACAAGUAAUAUGUCUCUCGCCGCCAACAAAUGUCAUUACUGAUGCGGUUGGUGUAAGUGAUUACGAUUUACGUCUGCAACAUAGUCCAGUAUUAAGGUCACCAUCAGUUUCCGCUGGCUCUGUGGUGUCUAUGUCACUUCACUCGCCAGUUGCUUCUUUACCUCAUAUGAGUAAUGGCACUGUUGGAAAUCUGGCGGUUGAUCUGCCGGUCGUCGUUGCACUCAAUACAAGUCAGCCCCUCAGCAAUAAUAAUGUUGCUCAACGACAACAAAUAUUACAGACAAGUCUCAAAUCUCAUCAAGACGGAAAUCAGUCUAAUAAUAUACAAAGCAAUAACAAUCUGAAUGUGUGCAACAUAAAUCAGCAAGAGUUGCAAGCCCAGAUGCACCAACAUCAUCAUUCGCAUAAUGAAUUUAUUGGCGAUCCAAAUCAGGAGCAGAAAAUUCCAAUAAAGGUAACAAUAGAUAACGUGGGCUCAAAUGUAUCCAACACUCGCACUAGUGGCGGUCCCAGUGACAUGGAAGAAAUUAACACCAAGGAGCUAGCACAACGUAUUUCAGCAGAAUUAAAACGAUAUAGCAUACCACAGGCAAUAUUUGCACAGAGAGUCCUCUGCCGCUCACAGGGAACGCUUUCAGAUCUACUACGAAAUCCAAAGCCCUGGUCCAAACUCAAAUCCGGGCGGGAAACAUUUCGACGUAUGUUUAAGUGGCUGCAAGAACCAGAAUUUCAACGCAUGUCCGCAUUGCGUAUGGCUGCUGCACAGAUCCCGCAACGUCCAUCUAAUGGACCUGUUUCUGGAGCUGCAAUUAUAACAGGAGGUAGUAGCGGGACAAUAGCCAGUCCCGAUUCCGGUACCACUGCUGGAAAUGAUGCUGGACAAUUAUCCUCAGUUGGAUCGACAACGUUCUCAGCAGCGAGAGCGUCCACAGCAACACUUUCAGUUACAGCUGGAGAUCAUGGGUCAAAUUCUGCUGGAAAUGUUGUAUUGGGAUCGUCAAAUUCCGGAUUAAAUUGCCGUCGUAAGGAUGAGCCGCACAUAGAGCAAAUGCCGCAGCCAAAAAAACCUCGACUUGUCUUUACAGACCUUCAACGUCGCACAUUACAAGCGAUUUUUAAGGAAACAAAGAGGCCCUCGAAGGAAAUGCAAGUAACUAUUGCACGCCAAUUGGGACUAGAGCCCACAACAGUCGGAAACUUCUUUAUGAACGCACGUCGACGGUCCAUGGAUAAGUGGCGCGAUGAUGAUACAAAGAUAAUUCAUCAUCCAAAUAGUUGUCAAAAUCAACAACAGGAGCAGGAGCACGAUCAUGAUAACGACCAAGAGGAAAUGGAAAUAGAAAGAGAUAGAGACAGUCAGAGCGAGGGCACCAAUGCAGCACAUGGUCAAUAUAGCAGCCCAGAAAGGUAUCAGACAUCCGGCAUCUCUCCACUUGGUCAUUUCGAUGAUGACGGCGAAAUGGAUUUAGAAUUGGAGCAUCACGAUUUCCUGAUGGAUGACAAUGAACGAGAUGACAUGUUGUGACGACAACGAACAAAUAUAAAAGCCGAUCAUAUAUCAAACUUUAAAAAGUUCAGCUUUUCUUGCACCAACAAUAAUGACAAUUCAACCCGCACUGCUUACGACACCCAUACGCAUACCAUGACUUCAAAAUCGAUUGAUAUUCACAACACUCGAUAUCAAAGGACAGUAAGAUGUCAAAAGGAAUGCGAUAUUCUGAAAACUGUAAUUCAUAGAAAUGAAAGCAGGUGUACACUCUACAAAAUGAAGGCUGAGGCUAGUGCACUAUUACAGACACACCAAAAUAGAGACAAUUAUGAUGAUAAAAUUAAGUUAAUUUUAGAAACGAGUGACAUUCAUUCAGGUUGGCCACCAAGAAUGCAACAUACAGGAAUAAGUAUUGAUGCUGUUGAGUGCAUUGAUUAUGCGAGUAGUCCACUGGUAUCAAAUGAAGAAACUGGUAGUCUUCAUCUUUAUAACACCAAUAGCAAUAGUAGCGACAAAACUGGAAAUUUUGAUGACGUUCGGUUCGGCUCAAGUUUUUUUAAAGAUCAAGUCCUUAAGCUGAACGAAUCGAUGGUUCACUAAGUAGGACUAUAUGUACUAGAUAAAUUAAAGGGAAACAUGUGCAUUCAUUUUGUAUACUUUACUGUCACAAGAAUCAUUAAUUAUUUAAAAAGCAAAUAUUUGAGGUUGGCUUAAGUGUUAUUAUUUCUUUUUAUUGUUAUUGUUGUUAAUGAAGCUUAUAUUUUUUUAUUGAGUUUGUUCUCAUACGUUCACGUCUUGUUUAUAUGCACGUCUCAAUUCCAAGCGAAAAUGUGACGUAGGAUAAUAUUAGCCUUAUAAAUAAUAUGAUAAAAUACUUCUUGACAGAAGCAAAUAUAAUUUUUUGC